CUCUUCUCUGUCUCAGUCGUCCUCUUUUCUCCUUUGCAUCAUCUCUCUCUCUCUCUCUCUCUCUCUUUAGCUCGCUCCUGGUCAACUACUUGAUAACUCUCAUCAGUAGUACUUCCCAUCACCGACGAGGUCGAAAGUUGGCUCAUUUUAACAUCCCACACCGGAACGCCCAAGGACGCGCGCCGACGGCCGACGCGCCGUUCAAAAGUCACGCACGUGUCCCGCACCCACCACAGCCAGCGAUCUCAGCACAAUUCAUACACAUUACACCGCAUCCUCGCACACCUUCGUUAAUAAAGAAAACUCAAUCAUGUCCGCAGUGCUCGACGCGCUCGAUCUGUCGCGCGACUUGCCACUCGCAGUCACCCUCCCCGCACCUCUGUUCCUGGCAAUGGUGGGGUGGUACAACCUCGUUGCCCCGCACUUUGUUGGCAUGCGCAAGCGCGCUUACGUCCUCUCUGCGCUUUCGUCUUUCACCAUGACUCUCUUCUCACUCCCGUUUGUGUAUGCGUACUUUACAGGUGGACUGCCUGCUGUCUGGGCGGCCGGGGAGGACGGCUGGACAAAGACGUUGGCGGACACUGCGGUGGCGUCGUUUGGAACCUACCUUUUUGCUGAUCUCGUCGUCGGAUACAUCGCAUAUCGGGAAGAAGUUGGCUUGCUCACAGGAUGGAUCCACCACACGGUGUACAUUGCCGUCAUGGUCCACUGUGCGAUGUCGAAGCAGUCGUGCAUCUUCCUGCUUGCGGCAAUCAUGGAGCUGCCUACCUUUGACCUAGCGAUUUCUAACCUCUUCCCACCUGUUCGGUCGGACGAGCGCUUCCUCACGCUUAUGAUGUGUACCCGAAUUCUGUUCAAUACAUGGCUUCUUGCCGACUGCGCGCGGCCAACGUCUCGAGCAGUCACUGAAGGCUCGUGGAUCCCAACCGUCAUUCUUGGGCUGGCGUUGACCCUGCACGCGAGCUGGAUGCAGGGCGGGGUUCGAGGGUACCUUCGCCGGCGAUCCAAGGCUGCCAAAGCCGCGAAGGAGGUCGAGGCCGCCUGGGUCGCAGUUCCGGAGCAGAAGACUCCGCUCCUUGCGCCCACGACGCCAGCACUUGAGGCGACAACGCCCAGCCUCAACCCCGUUACGCCGGACGAGUCUCCUCUAGUCACACCUCACACCCCAGGCCAGCCAGUGACCAUGAUCCGCGAUAACUUCUUCCCCAACAUUACCAUCCCCACCAUGCCCAACCUCCCCAUUCCCGCCAUCCCCACCCUGUCCGACAUGGCCGCUGCCCUGCCCCAGGCCAAGGCCAACCUGAACCAGCUGCAAUUUGGCUUCGCCGAGGCUGUCAACCGUCGUUGGGAAGAGCACCGGGAGAAGCUCGCAGCUCGCGGCGGCGCGCUGGCCGCCCGCGGCGAGGCCCUCUUGCGGCGUCGCCGUCGCGACUGGGCUGACGCAGACGAGUAGUUGUUAUCACGGCUUCAACGCCAGUACAUUUCUAGAUUCGCCUACUGUAUUCAUAGAUAACGACAUUACGACUUGAUUUCCAUCUGAGAGAGCAGUGACUUGACGAACAAGAGUGGUUCGAGGGCCCGACAAUCUUGCCAGAGGUAUGCAGUUGCACAUGGGUG